UCUCCAUCAAACUAAACAUACAGGACCACUAUCUCUCUCGAUUACCCUGCUAAAGAAACACAUAUCACACUCACUACUCAUCAAUUUUGAGUCUGAUAAAGAUGGCAAGAACACCUUCAUGUGACAAAAGUGGGAUGAGGAAAGGAACAUGGACUGCAGAAGAAGAUAAGAAGUUAAUUGCUUAUGUCACCAGGUAUGGCUGCUGGAACUGGCGCCAACUCCCCAAGUUUGCAGGUCUUGCAAGGUGUGGGAAAAGUUGCAGAUUGAGGUGGUUGAAUUAUCUAAGGCCUAACAUCAAAAGAGGGAAUUUCACUCAAGAAGAAGAAGAGAUCAUCAUCAGAAUGCACAAAAAGCUAGGCAAUAGAUGGUCUACCAUAGCAGCUGAGUUACCAGGAAGAACAGAUAGUGAAGUCAAGAACCAUUGGCACACCACCCUCAAGAGAACUGUUCAUGAACAGAACACUGUCACAAAUGAAGAAACCAAAGUCUCAAAUUCAAAAAAUGAGAGGGACCCUGUUCCCAAAAGUGGAAUAGCAUCCCUUCUGGUUACUCCUCCACCAGCAACUUCAAUCUCAGGCAGCAUUGGUGCACUAUCCCCUUUCUCAACCUCUAGCGAGUUCUCAUGCACAACUUCAGAUCUGACUACUUCUUCCAGCAGUGAAAUGUUGGUGUUUGAAGAUGACUUUGAUUUUCUGGAUGAUUUUACAGAGAAUGUCAAUGAAAAUUUCUGGUCAGACUUAGAACCAUAUCUGGCUAACAUUUCCAACAAACCAAAUGAAACAGAGCUGCAAAUUGAGACUAAUUGUGCUCUUCAAAAUCAAGACAAUAUCCAGAUCCUUGAUGCUUGUGAAUUGUCUCCCAAUCAGUCCUCAAGCGAAAAUUUGAUCCUUGAGAGUGACUUUGGCUGCUUUCUGGAUGAAAACACAGACCGAACACUUGAUAAUUUCUGGGGACAACCAUAUGUUACUGACAUGUCCUUUGUGCGUGAGUCUGAAUAUAUUUUUAUGAUGUAGAUAAGACUUAUUUUCCCUUUCAAUAAAACUCAAGUUAUACUUUAUCCAA